AUGUCUCCUUCAUUAAAGCAACUUGAGGGUUCUGAGAUACUAGAUUUUAUUGCUGCAUCAGAUGAAUUAUUUCUUCAUGAAUUAUUUAAUUAUUCUCAAGAAUAUCUAAUUGAACACAAAGCUGAGUGGGUGAGACAAAACCUCGUGCAUGUCUUACAAAUUGCUUUCAGACAUGAUGCCUGUGUAAGUUUACAAAAUUUUUGUUUUGGUCUCGUUAAUGAAAAUGCAUGGGCACUAUUUCAAUCAGAAGAAUUCAUUUCAAUUGAUGAAAUGAUCUUGAUAUCGCUUUUAAAGCGCGAUGACUUUAGUGUUGAAGAAAUUGAUAUAUGGAAUUUCGUAAUAAACUGGGGUAUUGAACAUACACCAUCAAUUCUCGAGCGAGAUAUUUCGAAAUGGACAUUUGAAGAUUUCACACUAUUAGGAACGACAUUACGUAAUUUGCUUCCACUUGUAAGACUAUUCCAAAUAACAUCUAAAGAUUUUUAUCAUAGAGUUUGGCCGUUUGAACAAAUAUUACAUAAAGACCUUAAAGAAGAAUUAUUAUCGUUUUAUCUUACAAAAGAACCACCAAAACAUGUUCCACUACUUGAACCAAGAAUUUUACAAAAAAAUAUUGAUUCCGAAAUCAUUUCAUAUAAUCAUGCAAUGUUGAUUGCAAGUUGGAUUAAUCGUAAAAAUCCACAAUCUUCAUCGGGUCCGUCGUUCUCAAUACCGACAUAUUUUGAUAUAAAAGAUUUCAGAAUUAAAGAUAAAGGAAUACAUGUUCCAUAUCGACUUCGUUUGAUAUAUAGAGCAUCAAGAGAUGGCUUUACCUUUGAAUCGUUUCAUAAACAUGUUGAUAAUAAAGGUCCAGCCGUA